AUGGACGACUUAACGGUGCACUUGGGUGACUACGACCUGACCGCGGACAACGAAACUGAACACCAGGCGCGGAAAGUGUCUCGCGUGCUGUUCCACUCUCAUUUCCAUCCGUUCCUGUUGGCCAACGAUAUAGCGCUGCUGCAACUCGACCGGCCGGCCGCCGCGAGCGACACCGUCAGGCCCGUGUGCAUGCCGUCCGCCGACGGUGACUCGUAUGUGGGCCAAAAAGGCACGGUCGUGGGAUGGGGGAUCACUGGAUUCCCGACAGGCGACCCAAGUCCCACGCUGCAGAAACUCUCCGUGGAAGUCCUGUCAAACUUCCAGUGUUCCCGUGUCAUCGACGAUCACGUAGGUCUGGGCAUGCUGUGCGCCGCCGCGCCGUCGUUGCAAGGGACGUGCUUCGGCGACAGCGGAGGCCCCCUGACCGUGGAACGAGAAUCGGGAAGAAACGUUUUGAUCGGCCUGGUGAGUUACGGAGUGACGGGCUGCGCGGUCAAACCGGCUUUCCCCGAUCUGUACACCAGAAUAUCGGAAUACACCAAAUGGAUCGACGUCGCCACUUCGUAG